AUGGCUACAGAAAACAUUAUCAAGCUCCCAGCACCAGACACUACCACCUCAAAACGCAUUCGGAGGAACGCAGAGAAGGAACUGAAGGACGCCUUAAAGAUCAAAGACGAGCAAGUGCCGUUGGUGGAUUUGGAUUCAGAGCCCAACGUCCAAGCGGAAUAUUUGAAAUCUAUGAAAUCGUGCGUAAAGCAGGUGUCUUCAGCGUGGCUUCGGGGCGUCGCUAAAGAGUCAUUGCCCGGCCUCCUUAGAGUUAUGGUUCAUAACCAAAUCAAGUCUCAAAGGGAAGUGUUGGAAAAGUUACUCACUAGAGUGCACGAAGAACGUGAAGACUUGAAACACGAAUGUUCUGUGUUGUCGCGUCGCAUUCACGACAUUACAACCGCCGACAAGAAGGCAGACGACAUUCCAGAAACGGCUACUGCUGCGCGAAAAGCCGCUGCUUUGCGAAGGCGACAGAUUUCGAAAUUUCUUGACACGCAGUUCGAAUCUCCCACUAGUGCCGAAGUAAGAGAGUUCUGUUCCACAUUUGGUACCAAGAAAAUCAGUAAUAGAAGUAGGCAAGGUUUCCUGACACCUGACGAGCUACUUACAAAUCUCCUAAACAGCAGCAGCGCCCAUUACUUUAAAGCCAGCAGCGACGUCUGGGAACCACAUCUCGAGAUAUUUCUCCGCAGCGGUGUUGCUGUGAGACAUCCCACAAAGCCAAAUCUUGUCUGCCUUAGCCCAUUUUGA